AUGGAUAAGAUCUGGCAUCGCAGCAAAAUGCCUCCUCGGCAAUCUUCUGCCACUGAAUACUACAACCUUGGCAGCUAUCAGCGACCUGUUAGCACUACCAGCCCAGAUGCCCAGAGAUGGUUUGAUCGUGGCCUCAUCUGGGCUUACGCGUUCAACCACCAGGAGUCAGCACGGUGCUUUGAACAGGCUAUACUGUUUGACCCGGCAUGUGCCAUGGCAUACUGGGGCCUUGCAUUUGCCCUGGGCCCAAAUUAUAACAAGCCUUGGAAACUGUUCGACGGAGAAGAUCUUUCAAUAACCACAACGAGAGCUCAUGGUGCGGCGAAGGAAGCCAAAAAACUCGCAAUCAGGGCAAGACCUGUAGAGAGAGCGAUAAUCGAGGCAUUGCAAUAUCGUUACCCCCAGGAGCAGCCAGCUGACGACUGCACUGACUGGAAUCACCGAUAUUCCGAAGCCAUGAGCAUACUGUACCAGAUGUUUCCAGGCGACUUGGAUGUUGUUGCUCUUUACGUUGAUUCAUUGAUGAACUUGACACCGUGGAGUAUGUGGGAUCUGCCUACAGGACAGCCUAACCCUGGUGCCCGAACACUCGAGGCGAAGCAAGCGUUGGACCGCGCCUUGACCCAGACAAGUGCGCUUCAGCACCCGGGCCUCUUGCAUCUGUAUAUCCACCUGAUGGAGAUGUCUCCCACCCCCGAGAUUGCCCUUCCGAUUGCAGAUAAUUUGCGAGGCCUGGUACCGGAUGCCGGUCACCUCGAGCAUAUGCCGACUCAUCUCGACGUUCUGUGCGGUGACUACCGUCGAGCAGUCGCCUCAAACACCUCGGCCAUCCGGGCAGACGAGAAGUUCCUUGCCAAUCAGGAACUAGGUCAUUUCUAUAAUCUUUACCGAUGUCACGAUUACCAUUUCCGAAUGUAUGCCGCGAUGCUGGCAGGCCAGUCUAAGGUUGCCCUUGACACUGCCAACGUGCUUGCGGAGUCACUCACCGAAGAUCUUCUACGGGUGGAAUCACCACCCUUGGCAGACUGGCUCGAGGGAUUCGUCGCUACGCGAGUACACGCAUUUAUUCGAUUUGGCCGCUGGGAGUCCAUACUUGCUCUGGAUUUUCCGACAGACACGAGUCUCUACUGCGUCACCACCGCAAUGAUACACUAUGGAAGGGGCGUCGCUUUUGCAGCUACUGGUCGCAUUGAUGAAGCUCAACAAGAACAGGAGCUGUUUCGAUUAGCUGUGAAGCGAGUCCCAAUGUCUCGGACUAUAUUUAAUAACACUUGUGUCGAUAUCCUUGGAGUAGCAGAGCCGAUGUUGUACGGCGAAAUCGCUUAUCGCCGUGGAGAUUACGAUACUGCUUUUGCCAGUCUUCGACUCGCAGUUGCGAAGGACGAUAACCUACCCUAUGACGAGCCCUGGGGCUGGAUGCAGCCUGCAAGGCAUGCCUUGGGGGCAUUGCUGCUCGAACAGGAGCGGGUCCAAGAAGCCAUGGAUGUCUAUGCUGCCGAUCUCGGCAUCGACGAGUCACUCCCUCGCGCCUUAACCCACCCCAACAACAUAUGGGCCCUUCAUGGCUACCAUGAGUGUCUUGUGAAAAUGGGAAGACAUGCGGAGGCACGCAUCAUCCGACCGCAUUUGAAACUAGCUGCGGCCAUGGCCGAUGUGCCCAUUAAAUCAUCGUGCUUCUGUCGAUUGAAUACAAGCUAG